GCGUACGGUAAACGGCAACCGAAAUAAACACUUAUCAAAUCAAUCCCCGCCAGACAGAGAGGAGAACCGAGCAGAACACGCUGUUCAUCUCCCGAAUCUGCCGGGCAAACAUUUCAAACGAAGUGUAGAUAGUGAACCGCAGCGCACAUGCGCCAUAGACGCAGCAUCCGGCCGAAGUGGCCUCGCUGCUGACUAAACGACAGUAGGUGUCAGAAAAGGCGAAUUGAAUAGUUGUAGAUUCGAAAGAAUUCGACUCGUUAACACAAACUAAUCGAAGAAACCUCCAUUCUCCAUCAGAAAGGUGUUAGUUGGCAGACGAUACACCCCAAGAUUGGGUAUAUUUUUCUUGUUCACCCAGCAGAAUCAUUACUCAGCAUACGUUCUAGCAGUCACUGUAGCUGGGAGCCAGCUGGCGGCAUCCUGUUUAAAUAAGCGUACACUUCGGCACCGUGCCGUUAGUAUCGUCGACGGUUACGGGAUGAACGGUGUUGCCCUUUGCGAGGAAUCGAACUGUAUCGUAGAGUUCGUUAUCGCGUUACGGUCGUUGGCAAAUGUCGCUGUGUUGUUCGAUUUUUGGCGCCUUUAAUCCGAUUUAAUACGUGCUCGGCACGCAGCUCAAAACAGUGUUCCUGGUAUCCCAACGCGGUGUCCGUGGCCUAUCGGUUUGAGUGGUUUUGAUAGCGGUUUUUAUUUGUUUUUUAUUUGUCGUGAUUUUGAAAAUACAUUUUACGCACUUUCUUUCGUUUCUGUGCACUGUAUUGGAUGUGUGUCGGUUGGCCGAUUGGGACAAAAUUAUUCACCGAAGCGAAAGUAGUGAGCGAAGCGAAACGACGCCGGGAAACAAUAGACGCAAGAAGUACAGCUGAAUCCGCGUAUCGAAAGAAUAACGAAUAACAAUCCGUGUACGCCGCAAGGCACACGCUGAAAUGUUUGGCAUUAAUUUGUUCAAUGGCGUGUUGACAGUUUUUCUAUUUGCACAAGCGUACCAUUCCGUGCACAUAACGAACCUGAACGUACCGAAGACGUACGUUCUCGAUCGGGACACUUACGAUGCGGUUGCACCUUCGUCCGACGGGCAGCACGGAAGGGAUGGGACGGUGUGGCACGAGCAAUCCCAAGAUGUCACCACCGGCGCCGGCAGUCCCGCCACGACCACCACCACCACCACCACCAGCAGUAGUUGGCAGCCGAUGACAUCGAGCACAUUGCCUGGCGCUCCGGUCGGCUUGGCGGAUCCGAGCGGGACGGGCGGUGGCCCGUCCACGACCCCUGUCACGACGAGCCACGAUGGCCAAAAGCCUCUCAUCAUGGACUGUCAGUACGAGAUUAAGGCCCGCGAGUGUGGUUUCGUACUCAAGUGGUACUUCAACAAGAAGCUCAUCUACCAAUGGAUACCAUCCCGGACGCCGGUCGGCAUGAACCAGUUCAAGAACGAACUGCAAACCAACUACUCGAUGUCCGACUCCGUCAACUACAAGUACCGUGCCUUGGUGAUACGCAACCCGAAGCAAAACCACAGCGGAGAGUACAAAUGUUCGGUGCAGACGUACGACUCCUUCGACUGGCGUGUGGCACGGUUUCAGAUUGUCGUGCCGGAAAAGAUGCUUCUGCUCCACUACGAAAAUGAUGGCGACAGCGACAGUAUGCUGCUGAUCAAGUGCAGUGUCUUCAUGAUCUACCCGGAACCGAACCUUUUGCUGAUCGUUAGUGGAAAUCUGUUCCUGGUCAGUUCGCGUACGCUGGUCACCGCCGACCGGAACCACAUGUACAAUAAGACCGUUUACGGUAAAAUCGAUAAACAUUUGCUCAUCUCGCCGACAUCAAUCAGUUGUGUGCUGUCCGUGCCAGACUCCGGUUACAUUCGCAAACGCGAAACCAUCUAUUACGACCCCACGCCUCUCACCAAGUGGAGCCGGCUGCGGAUGGACGAACGGGGCCGAUUCCAGCUGUUGUCCGGUGACGGUGCAGGUCAAUUAAAUCCACUUGCCGGUUGGAUGAUUAGUUUAAUUGUGUUUCUACAGCGCUACAGUAUCUGCAAACACGGUAUAGAUUCAAUAAAAUAA